UCUACAUCUACACUUGGUCAUAUUUACUCAUAAACCUCAAUUCUCAUCAUGACUCAGCGACCUUCAUUUGACUCUCUCCCACUGCGCAAAGAUGGUCCCCCAGGCAAUGCUUGGGGCCUGUUUGGCGAAAAUGACCAAUGCGGCAUGCUCAACCUCCUCACGCCAGCUAACACGGCGGCAGCAGCAAAAGAAAUCCAAGACGGCACGCGUGUCAGUACCGACUGGUUCUUGGAGGGCAUGCUGAAGCCAGGAUUCAACCGCCAGCCCUUGAUCCAGAACAUCAUCCACAAAGCCCCGCGUACUGUCAACGACGAUGUAUUGACGCUCAAUACGCAGAGCAGCUCACAGUGGGACGGCUUUAGACACUUUGGAUACCAGGCAGACAAGCUCUUCUUCAACGGAACGACACAGGAGCAGAUUACGAGCUCCGAUAUUAACGGCACCCAUGUAUGGGUGGAAAAGGGAGGCAUUGUCGGUAGAGGCGUGCUCCUCGAUUAUGCUGCCUGGGCAGAUGCCAACAAUAUCCCAAUUGAACCGUUCAAGACCACACCAAUCCCACUGUCAGCUCUUCUUAAAGUGGCAGAGAGCCAGGGCACAACGUUCCGUAGCGGUGACAUUCUCUUUGUCCGCACCGGCUGGAAUCGCGCCUACAAAGCUCUCACCGACGAAGAAAAGCUCAACCUCGGCAAAGUCAUCCCCACAACCUCCAUCGGCGUCCAAUCAUCAGAAGAGACGCUGCGCUGGAUCUGGGAGAACGAGUUUGCGGCUGUUGCUGGCGAUCAGCCUGCCUUUGAGGCCUGGCCAAUUCAAACCCCGCCCUUUUGGAUGCACGAAUGGCUCCUUGCAGGCUGGGGACUACCAAUUGGUGAACUAUUUGACUUGGAGAACUUGAGUCAAGAGUGCAAGGCAAAGAAUAGAUAUACCUUCUUCUUUUCUAGCGUGCCACUCAAGAUUAGAGGCGGCGUUGCAAGCCCACCGAACGGAGUAGCCAUCUUUUAGCCGUAUUCUUGUGUAUAUAUUAUUUAUUCAGUAUCUUUUUCGUAUGAGUUAAACAAUGCCAGCGUCCUUUUCAAUCUCCUCCUUGCUAAAUGACCACUUGUCCUGCAGCUCCUUGUCGCACGACAUGGCAAUAGUAUCUCGGGACCACCACUCACCCCAGCUGGUCAGGAAGAUGCGGUCUGGGUCCUCAGGGAAGUCGUUGCGCUUGAGAACUUCAAUGAUGCUCUUGGCACCUGUGGCAACGGACUUUGCAUCGGGCAUAUCCUCCGAUAUUUUGAAGUUGCUGUAGCGGCCAAGGCCGGUGUUUGGGAUUAGGCCAGGGGAUACUGCCACUACAUCACACUGGCCUUUGAGCUCGCGGCGCCACCAGUGCGCACCGAGGAGCUGAGUGAACUUGCUGGCGCUGUAGAUGUCAAAAUGGCUUGCGGAUGACUUAUCCUUCAAUGUCUCCUCAAUCUUGCUAGCGUCGGGGACAUUGCGGAUCGCGCCAGAGGACACGAUGGCAAUGCGCGAGUGAGACGCGACGAGCUUCUCACGGAGAAGGUGAAUGAGAUAGUGCUGGG